UUUCUACAUGGAGCGGUUUAAAUCCCCAGCAUCUGUUUGACCACCACACCCUGCCGUAUUUCGCUCCAUUUCCGACAUUCCCCGCUGUAAUUCCCCGAGUCCUGCUACGUGAAGUAGCAGCAGAAGAAGAGGAAAAGAAGAAGCCAACACACACACACACACAAAACUUAAACCACUCCCUCCUCCUUAGCCAAAAAUCCUAAUCUAACCCAACACAUCCAUACCACAUCCUGACCACUGCCCCGCAAGACAUCCCUUCCCCUGACACACCCUCCAACACCCCACCCUACCCCCCAGCCCGCCAAUGUCACACCUGCAGUUUGACGCCAACCUUUCUGAAGCCCUAAAGAUGGAGGGUGACCUUAUCCGAGCCCCGCCGCCCCGCUGGCAGAGGAAGGCGCAGGAGCAGGGGGUCACCAGGCUCACCAUCAACAAUGAGAACAGCAUCUGUGAAGGUAACAGCCCUCGCUCAGCCAAAACACCCCACAGUGGAUCGCUGCUGGACACUAAGAGCCCAGGCAGGGGGAAAUCACCAGGUCGAGGCAAGUCACCAGGCCGGCUGAUACCCAAGCUGGCUGUGAGGGGUGCCGGCCAGAAGACUCCCAGCAGAAAGACUCCCACUACGCCUUUUAAUCAGCAGGACAGAUUCAUCCCAAACCGCAGCACCACCGACUUGGAACUGUCUCAUCACCUUCUAGUCACCAGCAUGGAGGCCUCGGGGGGUGACCAGGCUGAGGAAGAGGAACUCACUCUGCAGCAGAAGGAAUACAAGGAGAAGAUGACAGAGAACCUUAAUGAUGGCCAGCCUCCCAACACUCGCAUCCUGUCAUUCAAGAACAAGGCACCACAAGCCCAGGAAGGUUACGUCAACAACCUGAAGGUGCUGUACAGUGCCGGCAAGACUGUCAUGCCCAAAGCCUCCUCCUCACGUCACAUCCCCAGCGUGCCGGAGAAGAUUCUGGAUGCACCUGAUCUGCUCAAUGACUACUACCUUCACUUGUUAGACUGGAGCACCAACAACCACCUGGGAGUGGCUCUGGGCAGCUGUGUGUACAUCUGGAACGCUGGCAAUGGCUCCAUCACAGCCCUCACACAGCUGGACGACCCUGAUUAUGUGUGCUCCCUGGCUUGGAUCAAAGAGGGACAUGUAUUGGCCAUUGGUCUGAGCUCCGGCAUAACACAGCUGUGGGACGUGGCGCAGCAGAAGCUUCUCCGCACAAUGGGUGACCACCAGAACCGUGUCAGCUCCCUCUCCUGGAAUGCUUACAUCCUCUCCUCUGGCUCCCGCUCCGGCCAGAUCUUCCACCACGACGUGAGGGUGGCGGACCAUCACGUGGCCACUCUCCAGGGACACACGCAGGAGGUGUGUGGGCUGAAGUGGUCAACAGACGGGCGGCUCCUCGCAUCGGGCGCCAACGACAACCAGGUCAUUAUUUGGGAGAAGACAGCCACCUCACCACUGCACACCUUCACCGCCCACCAGUCCGCCAUCAAGGCCCUGGCGUGGAGCCCCUGGCAGAGCAACAUCCUGGCCACGGGCGGAGGGAUGGCCGACCGAACCAUCCGGCUGUGGAACUGUAGCACUGGCCUGUGUUUGAAGGACAUCACCACCACGUCCCAGGUGUCCUCCAUCCUGUGGUCCACGCACUACAAGGAGAUCAUCUCAGGCCACGGCUUCUCCAACAACCACCUCACCAUCUGGAAGUACCCAUCCAUGGCCAAGGUGGUCGACCUCACAGGCCACACCGGGAGGGUUCUGGAGCUGUGUCUGUCGCCGGAUGGUCAGGUGGUGGCCAGUGCAGCGGCUGAUGAGACCAUCCGGAUGUGGAAAUGCUGGGCUAUGGACAAGAAGGAUAAGAAACAAACAGAUGCAUCCAAGAACCAUCCAAUCUCUGCCCUCGCUCGUGCCAGGACCAUCCGAUAAAGUGGUGGUGGUGUUUUAUAUGGCUUUCUUUUUUGCUUUCUUUCUUUUCUUAUUUUUCUUUUGAUUGAUUUUCUUAUUU